CACCUUGGCUCUUUUCUGCUGCUGCCUCCUGAGCUCUGCGUGGGCUCUGGUUGACCCUGAUGAUGUUCUCACGAAAGAAGAGCAGAUCUAUCUCCUGGUGGAGGCCAAGGAGAAGUGUGAGAGGGACAUACAGGCCCAGCUGGAGAAGAUCAAAGAUACCAACUGCCCUCCAGAGUGGGAUGGGAUCAUCUGCUGGCCAAGGGGCUCCCCCAGCCAGGAGGUGUCUGUGCCCUGCCCUGAAUACAUCUACGACUUCAACCAUAAAGGUCAUGCCUACAGGUACUGCAGUGCCUAUGGGACCUGGGCCAUGGCCCUCAGCAUCAACAAGACCUGGGCCAACUACACUGAGUGUGCUCUGCUCUUCUCCUCCGAGAGCCGGAGCCGCGAGAAGGAGGUGUUUGAGCGCCUGCACCUGAUGUACACCGUGGGCUACUCCAUCUCCUUGGCCUCCCUCAUCGUCGCCGUCUGCAUCCUCUCGUACUUCAAGCGCCUGCACUGCACAAGGAAUUACAUCCACGUCCACCUCUUCACCUCCUUCAUCUGCCGAGCUGUCAGCAUCUUCGUGAAGGACUUGGUGCUCUACUCGGGCACCGUGGCCACCGAGACAGACAGGAUGGAUGAGGAGGACUUCAAGGCAGAAAUGGAUCCCUCGCCGGGACAACGGAGCCACUUGGUUGGCUGCAAGGUGGUGGUGACUCUCUUCCUCUAUUUUCUGGCCACCAACCACUACUGGAUCCUGGUGGAAGGUCUCUAUCUGCACAGCCUAAUCUUCAUGGCCUUUCUCUCCAACAAGAACUACCUGUGGGUCCUCAUCAUCAUCGGUUGGGGUCUCCCUGCUGUGUUUGUGUCCAUCUGGGCCAGUGUCAGGGCCUCUCUGGCUGAUACACAGUGCUGGGACCUCAGUGCAGGCAACAUGAAGUGGAUUUAUCAGGUGCCCAUCUUGGCUGCUGUUGUGGUGAACUUCUUCCUCUUCCUCAACAUUGUCCGGGUGUUGGCCUCCAAGCUCUGGGAGACCACCACGGGGAAGUUGGACCCCCGGCAGCAGUACAGGAAGCUGCUCAAGUCCACACUGGUGCUGAUGCCACUGUUUGGAGUUCACUACGUGGUGUUCAUGGCCAUGCCCUACACAGAGGUCUCCGGGGUCCUGUGGCAGAUCCAGAUGCACUAUGAGAUGCUCUUCAACUCCUCUCAGGGUUUCUUCGUGGCUUUUAUCUACUGCUUUUGCAAUGGGGAGGUGAGUGAGCUGAGUUCCCUGUUCCAGCCCCUUUAG